GUUAGACAGGUGUAGAAAAGUCGUAGGUAAAAUUUUUAUAUAUUAAAAAGCGUCCAAAAACCGGUAAGCAAGGUUUUUUGGGGGAGUUUUCUGUGGUUGCCCCCCUGUGCUACAACAGCCCAGAGGUGAUAAGUGCUACCUCCACACGGCGCAGCUAACGGGCUGAGUGAGCGCUCGGCUGGUCGUGAGCGAGAUGAAAUUAGCCAGGUUAACUAACUAGUUAGUGUUAGCUUAGCUAACUAGUUAGCGUUAGGUUAACUAACAGCUAUGUUUUAGUUGUACCGUGGUGUGCAGGCGGGGGAGCUGUCGGGUAGUGUUGGGAAGACGUGUAGAAAGAAAGAGAGAGAAAGAGAGAAAGAGAGGUAAACGCUUUACUACAUGCACAUAAAUAGCUCUAACUAUAACAAGCGUGUGCCGCACGCUAGCCGUUUGUUAUUAUUAUUAUUAAGGCUAGGCUUAGCUAGUUAGUUCAAUAGCCGCAGUAGGCUAUCGUCCAUUUAUCAGUAUUGACAUUCUGUAUUUAUAAUAAAUUCGUGACUUAACGUUAACUAACGUUAGCCGUGCCUCAACCGAGCUUACCGGUGGCCAUCACAAACACAGACAGCCAAGCUCAGCUAAGCUACCCUUCUUCUAGUCUUAUUAUUAAACAGAAAACAGUGGACUUUGGCUUCAUUUCUGCUUUGAAUGAACGCGUAAAUAUACGAGUGUGGCAUUGAGCGAGAGAGAGCGAGGUCCCUGUCUGCCCACCCGUGUGCAGUACGAGGGGGAGGGAGGCCUGGUCUUUGCUGAGAGCCCCCUCUGGAUUGAGCUAGGUGUCAGUAACGCACAGGUUUUCCAGCUCUAAGCAGAGAGGAGAGUACACAGAAGAAGGACAGAGUGACUGUGUGACUGGGUGUGUGUGUGUGAGUGAGAGAGUGUGUGGGAGGUCGUGCAGCAUGCAGCAGUAGAGAGGAUACACACACUCGCCAUGGCGUGUCCCCCGCCCCCUCCCCCUGUUUAAGAAGAGCUACGUCCUCCCUCUAACUCACCACUGGGGGCUUCAGAGUGGAGCCCCACACACCACAUCACACCACACCACACACACCGGCCCACUACAAUCCCAGGUGUGUGUGUGCGAGUUGGGUUCUCGCCCCCUUCCUGAGGGAAGAUGUCUGUGGUGAUGCCCCUGGAUGGGGUGAGGGAGGGGGAGAGUGUGCUGGUUACUGAGACCCAAGCCGGCACGCGCUGCAAAGGAAACACCAAUUUACCUGGCAAAGACAACUGCACUGACAACAACAACACAGAGCCUGACGACAACCUCUCACAAGACACACAGAAACGCUGUCAGAACCAUGGCCAUACCAGGAAAAGAGCCAAGUCCAAUGCCAAGCUGAAGCUGGUGCGGAGUCUAGCAGUAUGUGAAGAGUCAUCGGGUCCAUUCUCAACUGAUGGACCUCCAGAGACGCAGGACAUCAUUCAGCUACACAUCAGCUGUCCUUCAGACAAAGAAGAGGAGAAAUCCUCGAAAGAUGAGUACGAGAGUGAGGAGAGGGAGAAGAAGGACAAGACUCCUCGCAAGAUGCUCUCGCGGGACUCCAGUCAGGAGUACACAGACUCCACGGGCAUCGAUGUGCACGAGUUCUUGGUGAACACACUGAAAAACAACCCCAGGGACAGAAUGAUGCUACUGAAGCUGGAACAAGAUAUACUGGAGUUCAUCAAUGAUGACAAUAAUCAGUAUAAGAAGUUCCCUCAGAUGACCUCUUACCAUCGCAUGCUACUGCAUCGGGUGGCAGCAUAUUUUGGAAUGGACCACAACGUGGACCAAACUGGCAAAGCAGUCAUCAUCAACAAAACGAGCAACACGCGCAUCCCUGAACAGAGGUUUUCUGAGCACAUUAAGGACGAAAGGAACAUGGAUUUCCAAAAGAAAUUCAUUCUCAAGAGGGAUGAUGCAAGCAUGGACAAAGACGAUAACCAGAUCCGGGUUCCACUCCAGGAUGGUCGACGCAGUAAGUCCAUUGAGGAGAGGGAGGAGGAGUAUCAGCGUGUUCGAGAUAGAAUCUUUGCUCGGGAAGUGUUUUUUUCUUCACAGUCCUCUCAAAACGGAUACAUCAAUGACAACAGACUGUCCACUGACGGCUACUCCUCUUCCUCCCAUAAGAGGAGGCAGAUCUUUAGGGGUAAUAAGGAGAGUUCGAGCAGAGCGUCCAGCAGCCGGCAGAGCAGCACAGACAGCGAUAUGAAGAGUCUGGAGCCACGGCCGUGGAGCAGCACAGACUCGGACAGUUCCAACCGCACGCUGCGGCCGCCCGUCACCAAGGCCAGCAGCUUCAGUGGCAUCUCUAUCCUUACACGCGGCGACAGCCUGGGCAGCAAAGGCUCGCAGGGUAGCGCCAGGGGGUCACGCACAGGUCUCCCUCUCAUCACCACAGACACAUGCCCCCAGCCCCAGCCCCCCCAGCAGGGACGCAGCCUCUUGCCCUGUCCUUCCAACUGCCCCUCUAAUGCCCCUCCACCCCAGAACCAGGCGCCCCCACCACCCCCACAAACUGCCCUGCUGCCCACCCCUACACACACUCACACUCUUAGCCACCCACAGCACCACAUCAGCAGCCACAGCCACAACCACAACCACAACCACAUGCUGCCACAGCCGGUGGCCUCUCUGCAGCCCUCUCCGCAGCCUGUCUCAUACUCCAGCCCCUCCUGCCCUCAGGUCAUCCUGCCUGUUUCUCCUUCUCAGCAGUAUAACAUGGGAGAUGAGUUGACCCCAGGCUUCGGGCAGAUGUCUCUGAGCCGCCAGGGCUCCAGCGAGGCUCCAGAGCCACCCACCCUCUACCAGCCUCCUCCUGCCGUCCUGUCCCAGCACCCCCCACCACAGCCAAGUUACAUCAUGCCCCCACCGCCCUCUGGGUACCAACCGCCCACACCUCACCCACACCCUCCUCCACCCCCUCCGCCUCCUACCCAGCCUGUACUGCAGACAGCACCGCCUGCUCAGGGCUACAUGCAGCCCCCGCCACCACCUCAGCAGAUCCAGGUGCAGUAUUACUCAGCUGGUGGGCAGUACCCGAGUUCAGGACAGCAGUACAGGUCCAUAUCCCACCAAGUGUCAUACCCUGCUCAACGCUCUCAGACCCUCCCCCCACCAACGCAGCCCUCCGCUCCUCUCCAGCCUAUGAUGGCGAGUCAGCAGCCAACGUAUCAGAGCAUGAUGGGAGUUCAGCAGCCGCAGAGUGCCAGUAUAAUGAGCUCACAGCGCACAGGCAUGAGCGGACAGAUGCAAGGCAUGAUGGUCCAGUACACACCCAUGCCCUCCUAUCAGGUGGCCGUAGCUAAUGAAACCCAGCCUGUGGUGCAGCAGCAGUACCAGCAGCCUGUCAUGGUGCCUGUUAGCCAGUCUGUCCAGGGUGCCAUGCCAACCCCUGCACCCAUGCCAGUCUACUACAGUGUCUUGACCCCCACACAACAGAACAGCACAAGUCCAUCUGUGGGCUACCUGCAGCCUCCCAGUUCAGAUCAGUACCAGAUGACCCAGUCUCCGUCCCCCUGCAGCCCUCAGCAGAUACAGCAGCAGUAUUCAGGAGUGCCGCCCCCUGGUCCAGGUGUCAUGGUGAUGCAGCUGAGUGUUCCAAAUGGGCCACAGUCUACUCAGAAUCCUCCUAUGGUGCAGUGGAAUCCCUGCAAGUAUUAUAGCGUGGAGCAGAGACCCAGCAAGCCUGAGCCGCAGGUCAGCACUCAGUUAAGUAGUCCUUUGGCAUCUCCUACUCAGUCUCCCACUCCGUCUCCAUCCAGCAGCGGGAACAGUGUGUGCCCUGGACUCGGCCCACUUCCACUCAUUUCUCAGUUUCCUCGGCCUGGAGGACCCGCACAAGGAGAUGGCCGGUAUUCCUUACUGGGGCAGCCGUUGCAGUACAGCCUUUGUCCCCCACCCAUCAUGCACAACCACAGCCAGUCCUCCUAUAGCUCCCACCAGAGCUCUGGAGUGAUAAAGCAUGGAACCCGAGGGAAGAAACCAACACUCAAAUCUGCCUCCACAGAUCUAGGAACUACUGACGUGGUGGUGAGCCGUGUGUUGGAGGUGACGGAUCUACCCGAGGGCAUCUCUCGUCUAGAUGCCGAGAAGCUCUUCAACCAGCUCUCACUCUGCGGUGCCAAAAUCCAGUGGCUGAAGGACCCCCAGGUGCCCCGGGGGCCCACAACGGCCCCGGGACCCGGGGGAGGAUGCGGAAUGGGCAAAAACGACGCACAUGACCCAGCCCACCUCUACACAGUGGUGGCCGUGUUCCCAAACACCAUGGCUGCCCAGAGCGCGUCCUUCAAGCUGAACAACAGUGGAGGAAGCCUGUUCAAACUGCGCGCCGCCAAAAAGAACUAUGACCUGCGCGUGCUGGAGCGAGCCAGCUCCCAGUGAGGAGAGAGAGAGAGGGGGAGAGAUAGAGAGGGAGAGAAAGGAAGAAAGAGGGAGGGAGGUGGAUUCUGGUGGAGACUGAGAGGAAACUGAAGAUGCUAAAAGGGAAGAGAUCAUUCCGGUGUUCUUAUUUAUUUCUUUUUUUUGUACCAUUACCGAAGAGCACAUAAGACAUGUAUGCAUGUGUUUGAUCUGUUGCUGUAUAUGUAACUACAUUUGUACAUACAACACACAGACACACACACAUACACACACAAACACACACAGACACACACACACACAUAUUGGCAGCAGAGCAGCAGCAGCAUACAGAGAUGCACUGAACAGAGGACCCCGGAUAAGCCGCUCCCCCUUCCCCACUGCACCCUAAGCACCUUCUCUUUCUGUCCCUCUUUCAUUCUGUCCCUCCGUUCUCCAUCAGUCCGCACAUUCAGCUCCUCUCUCUCUCUCUUUCUCUCUCUCUCUCUUUCUUUUUCUCUCUCUCUUGACGGCUCACUCCCUUUCUAUUAAGCUCUCGCACUCUCACUCCUCUCUCUGCUCAGCCUCCUCUCUUCUCUAGCUCUCUCUCUCUCUCUGAUUGUUUUCUUUUUCUGCUCUCAUUCUCUCUUUCUCUUUCUGUUUGCCUUAAUGCUAUUGUGGACUUCUAUGUCGCACUGUUUUCUUUUCACUCUUUCUCUCUCCCUCUCUCUCUCUCUCACUCUCUCUCGGAUAAAAUAAUGUUCUUUUUUCGGUUCGAUAUAUUUAUAUAAGUGAUGUUAAGGAUUAUAAGAAAUCUAUAUAUUCAGUGAUUUUUUUUCAGUGGAUAAGUUAAAGCUCCUUUAUUACCCGUCCCCUUUCCCUCUCUUCUCCCCCUCUCCUUUCCCCUCUCCCUGCACUCCCUUGUUCCCUCUCUCCUUCAUUGUGUUUUGCGUUUUUCGUUGACAGCUGUGCAGGACGUUAUCUGAGGUAUUUAAAAAGUGCACAAUGAUUGAUUGUAAAUUCCAUUUAAUCUGUUCUUUUUUUGUUUGUUUGUUUUUAAAAAUACAAAAGAUGACAAAAAAGAAA